UCCUCAGCAACCAUGCCUGAUAAACCCGAUAUGGCCAAGAUUGAGAAAUUCAAUAAGUCAAAAUUAAAAACAGAAACACAAGAGAAAAAUCCACUGUCUUCCAAAGAAAUGACUGAACAGGAGAAGCAAGCAGGCAAAUCGUAA